CAACUUUGUUUCUGUUCCUCCUUGGUGAACCUCGCGACCCGCCGCCAGCAACAGGAGCUAAACCGGAGGACCAAAACUUAUCAACCCCCGACUUUGACAAGAAAUUAGUAAACAAAAAGCAAAAACGACCAUGAAAUUGGCUUUUAUUCGCAGCGCUUACGGCAGUCUUCGGGUACACCCAGCCAGCCCAGGAAGCAGACUCUCCGGCUUGUCUCGGAGGUUCCUACCGCCGGUUGGUGCUACCGACAGCCGGGUGAUCCUCCGGACGGCGAGUGCGACCUCCAGCAGCGGAACCAGGCCGAAGCUAACCAUCGAUUUUGGGAAGCAGCCAGAGAAGGAGGAUGGGUCUGAAUGUGGAAGUUCUGUGAGUGAAGUGAUCCAGAGCACUAAGGAGGCAAUGGAGGCUCUGCAAGGAAGAAAUCCAGCAGUCCGACCUUUGUUGGCCAUUCUACAGGCAGGUGAAGACGACGACGUGUUGCAGAUCAACAUGAAAAUGGCAGGAAAGAUUGGCUUGAACGUCACUCAGAUUUGUCUGACAAAGGAAUGCAGUGAAGACGAAAUUGUAGAGGCGUUGCUGAAGUUGAAUGAUGAUCCCAGAGUGCAUGGCAUCUACGUCCACCUCCCCUCGACCUCCCUCACCAGUCGAGUGCUCAACGCGCUCAAACCAGAGAAGGAUGUAGAUGGGAUAACAGAUUUGAAUAUGGGCCGUCUGGUACGAGGAGACCUGAGCAAAGGCUUUGUGCCACCUAUAGCCAGCGCUGUUUUAGAUCUGCUCGAGAAACAUGAUGCUCCUUUGGAAGGGAAGACUGUCUUGCUGGUUGGAGGAGAAGGACCCCUCUGCUUGGCCCUGCAGUGCCUGAUUGAAAGAAAUGGAAUGGUAGCUCUGAAGAGUCACUGGAACUCCAGCAUCCUACAGAGACAGGUGAUGCAGGCUGAUGCCUUGGUCCUGUUAGAUGGAGCAAAUGUGGAUGUUCCACCCUCCUGGAUUCGACCAGGGGCUGCUAUUGUUUGCUGUGAGCCAACCUUGGACACAGAUGAACACACCUUUGGGUUGUCCUCGAAGUCUGGGUUAGGAUCCCUCACAGCAGCCUACAGAAUACAUAAUGUGGUACGUAAUUGCAGUCGGUGGCUUAAGGAGCAGCAGUACCGACCCUGGCAUCUGCACAGCCUCAAACUGCAGCCCCUGACCCCUGUGCCAAGUGACAUAGAAAUAUCCAGAGCUCAGACACCCAAACCAGUGACUCGGCUGGCUGAGGAGAUUGGUUUGCUGCCAGAGGAGCUUGAAGCCUACGGCAGGAACAAAGCUAAGGUCCAACUCUCCCUGUUGGAUCGCCUCCACUCGCAGCCUGAUGGCAAAUAUGUACUGGUUGCUGGUAUAACUCCUACUCCACUGGGUGAAGGUAAAAGCACAGUGACCAUUGGCCUAGUCCAGGCCAUGUCUGCCCACCUGAAGCACAACUCCUUUGCCUGUCUCCGGCAACCUUCCCAAGGACCCACCUUUGGGGUAAAAGGGGGCGCUGCAGGAGGGGGAUAUGCUCAGGUCAUCCCUAUGGAGGAGUUCAACCUCCAUUUGACAGGUGACAUUCACGCCAUCACAGCAGCCAAUAACCUUGUGGCGGCAGCCAUCGAUGCCAGGAUGCUCCACGAGGCGACACAAUCAGACAAGGCCUUGUUUAAUAGGCUGGUCCCUUCAGUGAAUGGAGUCAGAAGAUUUUCACCCAUUCAGAUCUCCAGGCUACGUCGUCUUGGCAUCUUUAAAACAGACCCCGCAGCUCUCUCACCGCAAGAAAUCAGCACUUUUGUACGUCUUGAUCUUGACCCUUCAAAGAUCACCUGGCAGAGAGUGGUCGAUACCAAUGACCGUUUCUUGAGGAAGAUCACCGUAGGACAGGCAAGCACCGAAAAAGGACAGAUCAGAGAGACAGGGUUUGACAUUGCAGUGGCCAGCGAGAUCAUGGCCAUCCUGGCUCUGGCAGACAGCCUGGAGGACAUGAAAAACAGACUGGCUCGCAUGGUGGUGGGGACCAGCCGCUCCGGACAGCCCGUCACCACAGAGGACCUCGGUGUGAGCGGAGCACUGGCAGUGCUAAUGAAAGAUGCCAUCAAGCCCACGUUAAUGCAGACCCUUGAGGGUUCGCCAGUGUUUGUCCAUGCUGGGCCCUUUGCCAACAUUGCCCAUGGCAACUCCUCGGUGCUGGCAGACAAGCUGGCUUUGAAGUUGGUUGGACGGGACGGCUUUGUGGUGACUGAAGCAGGUUUUGGAGCAGACAUUGGGAUGGAGAAAUUCUUCAACAUCAAAUGCCGAGCUUCAGGUUUGAGGCCCAAUGUGGUGGUGCUGGUUGCGACAGUUCGAGCGCUGAAGAUGCAUGGUGGUGGUCCAAAUGUGUCAGCAGGUGCACCUCUUCCCAGAGAGUACAUCGAUGAGAAUCUCAGCCUAGUUGCAGGUGGUUGCCGCAGCAAUCUAAAGAAACAGAUCCAGAUUGCACAUCUGUUUGGGGUACCAGUCGUGGUCGCACUCAAUGUCUUUAAGACAGACACCCAGGCAGAGAUCGACCUUGUGUGUCAAAUAGCAAAAGAGUGUGGAGCGUCUGACGCUGUGCCCUGUCACCACUGGGCUCAAGGUGGACGAGGUUCUGUAGAACUGGCCAAGGCUGUGGAUGAGGCUGCAAACAGACCCAGCAACUUCCAAUUUCUGUACAACACAGAGAUGCCGAUUGUGGAGAAAAUCAGAACAAUAGCCCAGAAGGUGUACGGAGCUGAUGACAUUGAGCUGUCUCCGGAGGCCAAGAGCAAGACAGAUUACUACAAUCAACAAGGCUAUGGUUCAUUACCCAUCUGCAUGGCCAAGACCCACCUGUCCCUGUCCCACAUGCCUGACAAGAAGGGUGCGCCCACUGGAUUUGUUUUGCCUAUCAGAGAUGUCCGUGCUAGCAUCGGGGCAGGCUUCAUCUACCCGCUUGUGGGAACGAUGAGCACAAUGCCUGGCCUGCCGACCCGACCUUGUUUCUACGACAUUGACCUUGACCCGGUCACAGAGGAGAUCACAGGGCUCUUCUGAGCAUGCUCACAAAUGAUGCUCUCAUGGGAUCCUCCGCUCCAUGAAUGCACUGUCAGAUGAAUUUCUCCCCGACACCUUUCACUGGAAAUGGUUUCUUCCUGUUCUCAGCAGCCCAUCACUCCCCACGUCAGAGUAACCUGUUCUGGGUGGAAAAACACCGGUGGAGCAUUAGCUUUAUGCUCUUUUUGCACAUCUGUGUGAUAUGCGAAAGACAAUGUCUGUCAGCUAUAUCGUAAAUAUCCCACGUGCUGUAUAUGUUUGCUUUUCACCUCCCUCUACAAUGUUUUCUGUGAAUGGGUCAGUUGGUCUGCUUGAAUUUUAUUUCAUUCUUUUCAUAUACUUAUGUUGUUGUGGAAAAGAAAAGCUUUCUCAAUGUCUUACUAUUGGUACUAAAACUUAGACAUCUUAAGGUUUCUAACUGAAAUGUGAACUAAGCUGCUGUUGUGUGCACAAAAAGCCAUUUUUACCCUCUGGUGUUCUAACCUGUGUGACACUGAGUGUCAAAGCUGCUAUACAUUAACUGAAAAUCCCUUUAAGUUACAUUCACCCACUGUAAGCUAUUUUUAAAUACCGUCGCCGUUUACAUUUUUUGAGGGCAUAGGUUUGUGUUUGUUGUUGCUUCAUCUAAUUUGACUUUUUUUUUUUUUUUUUUUUAAAUUGUUGAGCAGAAGUGUUGAAGCCACCCAAAUAGUGCCUCUCCUUUAUUUACACCUAACGCUGACUGUCUCAACAACUAGUUUUGAUUGUGACUUCAUCCACACUCAGAGUUUUGUUUUACAAACCGAACAUUGGAUUCGAAACGUGACAAGGUUUGGAAACAUUCGGCUGUCUUUUGAACAUUUUAGUUCUCUGAUUAAAAGUGCCUUUCAUAUAAACCUUUAAA